GUGGCUGGACGGAAGGUCUUGCUGUUCGACAGCAGCAUCAUGCGACCUCUGGACUUGGUGGUGAGCUUGGGAGAUCUCAAGGACCAUGGAGUGCAGCAGUGGUACAAGCUUGAAAACCAGCCGGUGACUACUGAUUGUGCCCAGAUGAUUUUCUUGGUGCGGAGUGAACGCGUCGACUUGGUGGACAUGAUCGCGAAGCAAAUCCACGCGGAUGAACGUGAAGCCAAGGAUCGUUUGUACCUGGUGGUCUUGAUCCCGGAGAAGACGGAGCACUGUAAGCAACGCCUGGCAGAGCACAAUGUCAAGGCCAAUGUUCGAAUCACCGGCUGCGCAAUCCAUCACUUUCCCUCGGACAAGGACGUCCUCUCGAUGGAGACACCGCGCAUGUUCCAGCGGCUCCACUGUGAAAACGACGUCUCUGGGCCCUACUAUGCGGCACUGGGAAUCAUGUCGCUACAAGAGAAGUUUGGCACCAUUGCCACGGUGCAUGCGAUUGGGUAUGCUGGGAAGAUCGUCGUGGACACCAUCCAGCGCCUGAGAAAGGAGCAGAACGCAGGGCAGUCCAAGAAGAAGGGCGAUAGCACCAAUCAACAGCCUGGCGUUCCCCCCGUAGCGCCCAUGAUGAACGGUGCUGCAGCCAUGAGGCGUAAGGAGGAGAAUGUGGCCAGCGGAAACCCAGCGCUCAGCGUCAACACAGAGGCAGCUGAGAAGGAGAAGGGCGCCAUCAGCGAGAUGGUGAUCAUUGACCGGCGAGUGGACCUCUUUUCGGUGCUGUGUUCACAGUUCACCUACCAGGCCUUAAUCGACUUCGCCUAUGGCAUUCAGAACAACUCGAUCGAUGUGAGCUCAGCAGCCUGGUACAAGGGCAAGGAGCGGAACAGUAGCGCCGCGAGCGGAGCAAGCGGAGCCAGCGGAGCGACGGUGCGCUUUUCGGAGGAUGCGCUCUUCCAGGAGAUCCGUGAUUUGCGCAUCGACAAGUUGGGACCUUUACUGCAGGAGAAGGCCAGAGCCAUCCAACAGACCUAUUCUGAAAAGGAUAAUGUGAAGAGUGCCUCAGAAAUGAUGGAGUACAUUCCGAAAUUCAAGAACGCGCAGUCGGCACACCCCCUGUUGGAAGUCUACAUCAAUCUGGCGCACGACCUGAAUGAGAAGAUCCAGUCUGAGGAGUACCGUCAACUGCUGAAACUGGAGGACGAAAUCACAGCGCAAAGCGGCAGUUCCUCCAAUACUUUGGACUUUGUGCAGGCGAUGAUGGAUGACCAGAAACCCUUCCACGAGGAGAAAGCAGCCGCUGCCCAAGCGGCACCGCGGGUCGACGCCGCAGCGCAACAGGCGGACGCGGGCAGUCAACGAAAGCGGAAGGCUUGUGAGGUCAGUGAAAAGCAUAUCAAGGAGUUGAUGAACUCUUUGCGAGCUCUCAGUGUGCAGCAGCCUUUUGCCUUCGCCAUCAUGUGCGGUCAGAAGGACAUCGAGAAUCGCAGCUGGCGCCCUCCUCAACUUCCCUGUUUGUUGGUGGUGCACUCCAGCUCCCGAUCGGCUCCGCAGGCUGACUGUGACCAGGUGCGCCGACGCUUAGCCGCGGCCGGUGUGGAGCUGCCAUCGGCCCUUCCCAACGGCGCCUUGUUGGGCGUAGCCCUGGUGGACCGCUGCCUCGCUCCCUUGGCCCGGCAAAGCGGCUGGGCCCUGGGGGGCCACCACCGCUGGCGCCUGGCCAAGGUCUGGCCGUUGCCGGAGCCGGUGCCGUGCAGUGGGAGGUUGGGAAUGUGGCAGCUGCCGCAGGCGCGGAGUUGA